AUGUAUUCCGAUGCAGAGAGGGCUUUUUGGAUACAGGAAGCUAUAGCCGAGGUUACUGCCACGACAAGUUUGCAUUAUUUAAAACACCUCUAUAACACCGCAAACGUGUUUCUAGGGCUUGUGCCGGCGUCAGAGUUUCGUGAGCUGUCCACAAAUGCAAAUCUGUUGAAGGUGGUCAUUGAAACGAAGGACUCUGCUCAUCAAACUCAAUACCAGCUGACGACGGAUCUUACUAAUACGAUUGGUAGACUCACGAACCAUAUCGCUGUUCUUCACAAAAGUUUAGAAGAUGUCGACGCGAAACAGAAGUUUAUUGAGGAUAAUGUUGCAGUUAUGAUGCGUCGCGAUCCAAAUGUAGCUGAGUUUCUCGCAGCGUAUAUGAUUCUUGAUGCCGACACAAGCUUGCUUGCAGUACCCCUGAAGGAGGAGGUCAUCCAGCUACGUCGUAAGCGUCAAGAGCUUUUGCACAAUUCUCCUUUGCCCGAUAUACGAGUCCAGCCCGCCUCCAACCCCGCCACUCCGGAAUAUGACCGUGAGGUUCCCCAUCAAGCUGGAACGAAAGACGCCAGCCAUUCUCUACACGCUCCAAGAUCAGAUCGCGACGCCUUUCCUAUUGACUUUGACGAGCUGGAUUCGUCUGUGCCCAAACUUGUUCCCUCCUCUCCCACCGACUCCGACAGUUCCCCACCCAGCCCAAACUAUAUCCUUUCCUCUGUCCCUGAUCCAACAGACGAAGGCGCUGGUCCUAACCAUCAAGGCCAACACAUCAUCAAUAACUCAAACUAUCGCGACCCGGUCUACCGUCCUCGUGCCUUAUAUCCCGGAUCCAGCAAUUCGAGCACCGUCCGCUUCCAAAUCCCCGAAUCUCAUGAACAAGCCGAUCAGGAAUCCCUUAUCACUGCACCCAACUCGCCCGCGAUAACUGAGGCAGACUCAAUGGCGACCUCGCUGAUCGGGCUCUUGCGGACGCCCGUGCACGAGGAGGAGAGGACCCGAUUCGACCUCGCGUCGCGCCUUACCUCGCCGAAUCCGAGUACUAUAAACGAUUGCUCGGCAGAUGCGGAUGUGCUGUCCUAUGAGGCGUUUGUGUCUUCGUUGGGCAGAAGGAUGUCUUCGACGCCGCCUCCUAGUCCGCAGAGUGGUGCGGAGGAAGAGGAGGAUACGGGGGAUAGGGCGCAUGUUACUGGCUCGGAUGCGUCGACUGUAAGCGCCCGUACGCAGAGUGGCGAUGGUGCCGCUUCGGAGGCCGGGAGCGCGCGGUCGUCGAGUGACACGCUAUUGAGGGCGCAGGGUGCUAGGGCGUCUGGCGCCGGCAAUGUUCAGACGUCUCACGCGUUGGUUCGGUCGAGGAGUACACCGUCCCUUCGGCACUCAUCAUCUGCUUCGUCGUCGUCGUCGGCAUUGCCGUCUGUGCCGGACUUUGUGAUGCUGCGGAGCCACCGGCGCUUAACGAGAAUAGCGACGGUGCUCAUGGAGGUGCUUAUCCAUUGCAUCACGGGGCCUGCAGGCGAUUUGGACUGGCAGAAGAUCGAGAGUUCGAUACAUGAGGGGAUACUUGAAGGUGAUAUGAGGGUUACGAGGAGGGUGUUGGGUAGUACUGCGCGUGAUGGGAUGGAUGCGAGUCAGAGUCUGCAGGAUGCGCUGCCUGGGUCUUUGUUGGCUGUUGAUGGUGAUGCUCAGCCUGGAUCGCCAUUGGGGUCGGCUCCGGCUUCUGAUUCGUCUGCUCGCUCUUUGUCGCCUGAUGCUCAUGCUCCUGAGAGGCCUUGGACUCCUUCAUAG